AUGGCAGACGGUUUCGAAGUGAUCGAACACUUCUCGUCCUCGCUCUACAUGUUCUCCGUCGGCCUCGAGAUGGAGCCCCUCGCCAUCCUUCAACCUCCGGGACCCGAGGCCAAGAUCGCCUUCGCCGGCAUCUGCUCGACCUCCUCCCUCUUCUUCCUCUCCUACUACACCCUCAACCACGUGGGCGUGUUCAGGGACCAAAUGGAAAAGGUGGUCAUCAGGGAGCGAUCCCUGAUAGCUUUCGUCCUCAUGUUCACCGCAGCCUCUUCCCCUAUCAUCACCCGCAUGAUCACCGAGCUCAAGCUCGGCCAGACCGACAUCGGACGCCUCGCCAUCCGCUCCGGCCAGGCCAACGACUUGGUCUGCACCACCUUCAUGGCCAUCAACAUGCUGUUCCGCGCCUCCAGGAAGAUCAACAUCCUGAUCGUCGCGGCUUCAGUCGCAGCCGAGCUGAUCUUCGGGCGCGCCUCCAGGAAGAUCAACAUCCUGAUCGUCGCGGCUUCAGUCGCAGCCGAGCUGAUCUUCGGGCGGUUCGUGCUCUGGUACCUCAUCAAGUGGGCGAACAAGAGGAACCCUGUGGGGAAGAAGAUAAGGGGACUGGACAUGACUAUAGUCGUUGUGAUCACCCAAGUAUUGUGCCACCUUUCCUGGUUAUUCAACUACGACGCCAGGGUGAACUCGUUCUUGAUCGGCUUAGUGCUGCCGAGACACGGCCACGUGCCGAACUACCUCGUCGGCAGGGUCAGUUACAUCCUGACGAGCUAUAUCCUGCCACCCUACGUUGCCCUGUCCGCCACCAAGUCUUACGCCGUCCCCAAACAAGGGGAAUCGCUGGGCUCCGACAUUGCCAGGAUGACCAUCCUCAACCUAGUUUCGCUGGUCGGCAAGCUCAUCGGAACGCUGAUCGCUUGCAUUUGUAACGGCCUGCAUUGGCUGGAAGCGAUCACCCUUUCUGUGACUCUCAACAUGAAGGGACAUUUUCAUAUCAUCUUCUCCGUACUUGCUCUGGAUCGUGGCCUUAUGAAGGAGGGUUCAUUUAUAGUGGUCGUGGUGACGGUUCUAGCCUCCAUCGUCUAUGUUCCCUUCACCAUCUCCUUCAUAAUAAAAAAGGUUCGAAAAGUAAAAGGAGGAAAGGCAAGACUAAUGGGUCUCCAAUGGUACAACUCAGCAAGCGAGCUUCGAAUCACCGUCGGGCUUAUAAAACCCCAGAACGUAGUCUCAUCCAUGACCCUGAUCGAGCUUAUCCGCUCCGGUUCAGACUCACGAACCCUAGUCUACACGGUAGACAUGAUCGAGCUCACCGAACCGAGGAGAGCAGCCCUAGUUUACAAGCAAGGAACUGAUUCGGUUACGGUCGCCGACGACGAGGUCAUUGAGCUCAGAGAAGAGAUCGGGCUGGAGUUGAAAUCUCAAACGGACGGCUGCGAAGGUAUCGCGGUCAGCCGCAGCCUGGCUAUCUCCUCCUUCUCCGACAUGCACGACAACAUCUGCUGCUGCGCGCAGGACACUCUCGCCGUGCUCAUCCUGCUCCCCUUCCACAGGGGACUCAAGCCCGACGGGUCGCUGGACGAAGGACACCCCGGGUUCAGGACCGUCAGUCAAGAGAACGUCCUCCGCCAGCGCCCCUCUCGACGGGGAUCCCUAGUCGAUCGCGGGCUCGGCGCGGCGCGAAGACACCACUCGACGUCCGAGGCGCAGAAGCAAAGUAUUCAAAAGCAAGAGGAGCUGACUAUUUCAACGACUACUUUAGAGGUUGCUCGAUCAAGGAUCAGACAAACUAAAAAGGCCAUUGUUCACUUACAAGCAGAAUUAGUCCGGCAGAAGGCUCAAUUUACUCAAGAUGAAGCUAUCACGACCAUACUCAGCCUCCAUGCUACAGAAACUCUUAUGAAUUAUCAUAAAGAAGUCCAGGCUCUUGAAAAGGCUAAGAAAGAAGCUGCUGCUGCGGUGCCCAAGGAAGAUGAGCUCUGGAGAAGAGCUGAAGAGACGGUACGAGCUGCCCAUGAGGAGAAGCUCUCCGAUAUCAAGUCCCAGCUCGCACCUAUUCCCUUGAUGGAGCCUUGA